AUGGGAGCUACGACUGAAUUUGAAACAUUGGAAGAACAAUUUUUGGAACUGAUUGGAGAGUUUAGGACUCUAACAAUUUCCGAAAGUCGUCUUCGAGAAUCGGUACGCACGGAGUCUACUCGCGCUGAGGCUGCGGAGGCGGCGCGGGCAGCCGCUGAGCGGGCGGCUACGGAGGCCCGCAACGGAGCAGCCGCCGCCACCGCUGCGGUCGCCAAGGCCUCCAGCGCACUAGCCAGCUCCCAAGAACAUGUCACAGGACUCAAAAUGCACCUGGAUUUAACGGAGAGGCAGCGAAAGCUUUUAGAAGAUCGAUGUGGCGAAAUGACGGGGCAGAUUGGCUCACUAGAGAGGCAAGUUCAGCAACUGAAGCCUUUGCAAUCAGCUCAUACAACUCUUCAGCGACAGUAUACUGAACUACAGGAGCGCAUCUGCAAAGCAACAGAAGAAGCACGAAGGGAAUCAACUCGCCUCGAGAGCGAACUUCGAAGGGUAGAAAAAUGCGCAGCUGCUGGUUCUGAAAUACGAGAACGAGCACGUUUGGCCGCUGCAGCACAUGCCCGAGAGAGGCGCCUCGCUGCUGCAGAGCUACAACAUACUAACAAAGAACUAGUAGCUGCUAACACGGAAAUAAGUAAGCUUAAAGCCACUGUCGCCGAACUAGAACUACAGUUGGCUGAAAUAAGUGAUAAUCCAACUAAGAAAACGGUUGAUCCUGAUAUUGAAGCUCUAGUUGAGACACGAGCUGCUCUGGAAGCCGAGCGAGCUGGUGCAGCAAAACUUGAAAAGGCUUUGGCAGCAGCUUUAGCUGACAAUGCUACUUUGGCUGCACGUAUCAACAAUAUGGAUAACACUGAUGAAGCUAAUAAGACUUCCACACCACCAGAAUCUGCUACUACUAACAUUUGUCCCAUAGAUUCAUUCUUAGCAGAAUAA